CCGGUUAACAAAAAAGUAUAAAAAAUAAAUAACAUUUUUAAAAACUAUUUCACAAAAGUGUAACAAGUCAACGGGUGAAAAAAAAAAAUCAAGAACUCUUCGGCAUUGUUGAGAAAUAAUUUUUGUAAAAAGUUCGAAUAAAUAACAAGCAAAAUUCUUGAGCCAAAGAAUAACUGAAAACGAAACACUUGGAAUUCCACAAAAAAAAAAAAGCAUAAGAAAGAAACACAAAGUGUAGUACCCCAUCAGCAACUUGAAGCACUGUCACACAGACGGACAGACAAACACAAACAACAGAGCUUUUUAAUAGCCUAUAUCUGCUGUUAGUCUAGUUCUGCUGCUGUUGUUGUUGUUGUUGUUGCGGUGGUAGUGGUCAAGAGAAAGCAGCCGUUUGCUUUCUUUUUGUUUUCUUUUCGAGUGCAAAUCAAGAGGACAUCUUCACAGACCAAAACAAGCAGAACUUAAAAACAAAAAAAAAAAAAAAGUUUUCGUUCUUUUUUGCUGCAAAGGACCUUAACCGUUGCUGGUACUGGUGCAGUUGUUUCAACAACAACAAAAAAGAGAAAAGUAAUAAUGACCGGUUUAAGUUGUUUAACUUUUGUGGUCGUUGCUUUUUGCUGCUACGCCCUGAGCAGUUCGAAACCAACACGAAAUGAGAUCUCCACGAAAAAUCUUGAACAUCCAUCAGCAGCAGCGGCUGUGGCAGCAGCUCAACAUGAGUCAGGACAUGUCGAAACUGAAGUAAAACCCGAAAUACGCCAUAAACGUUCCCAGCUGGAUAUGGGUACGGCGGCAGCUGGCUUGUUUGGUGCAGCUGGCACCACCGGUGAAUUAAAGGAUUUCAAUGAGUUUCUCGAGGAGUUAGGCGAUAAUGCCAUUUUGCAAUCGUCGUUGAUGCCACAAUCGCAGGAAGCCAUCGAUGUUGAGAAUAUGUCGCCAUUGGUUUACUACAUGCUGUUGCAGAAGAUUAAACAAUUGCAAAACAGUGAAUGGCAAAUGCCUACAAGACGCACCCCACGCCUGGGCCGCAGUAUUGAUUACCAACUGUUCGAUGGAGCUGCCCCAAUUACAUCCCGCGGUGCUGCUGGCAAUUCUGCCUUCUCGACUUCCCGAGAUUAUGAUUCGAACAAUGGCAAUGGUUUGACCAACGAUUAUGGCGUGGCUAUGGCCAGGCAAUAUCUGCCACAUGUUAUGAAAAAGUCGGUACAAUUUAAACCACGUCUGGGCAAACGUACCCAAGUUUGUGAUUAAAUUCUGUCAACCACAGGACAAGCAAAAACAACAACAUCUACUAGAAACGGAACUCAACUGACAGCAAGGAUAUUAAAAUAUAUAUGGGAAAAUGGCAAAAAGGACGAAAAGGAAAAAUAACCAUGAAUUCACCACCACUGGUUGGUACAUGGCACUGACAUCUUCCACAUUUGGAUACAAAGUUGUUAGUUGGAACUUUUUUAUUUUAUUUUUUUUUGUAAUUAAAAGCAAAGCUAAAAAAACAAAUUAAAAAAACUAAAUAAAUAUGUAGAUUGUUUAUGAUUUAGAUAAGGAAAAUAGCAAAAUGUUAUUCUGUGUUUUGUUUUAAUUGUAAUUCCAAAAAAUAUAUAAUUAUUGUUGUAAGCCACAUUUAUUGAGAGGAACUACAUUUUAUUAACAUUGUGAAUUGUAACAAAAA